GCGCCCGAAAGCGGUCUCUCCAUUCCCCCAUUCGGCCAGGCCUCCCCGAUUCCAUCCAGCCGCCGCCGACGAGAAAACGCGCGGAGCCCCAGACUCCAGCCAUGCGACGGGACGACGCCGGCGGCGGAGGCACCGGGUUCCACGAUCUGUUCGACUCCGUUCGCCGAUCCAUCUCCUUCCGCGCCGCCGCCGCGGAGCAUCCAGCAGGCCCCUUCGGCGCGGGGGCCGGGGGCGGGAUCGGCGUGCGGAUCAGCUCCUGCCUCCGGAAGUCCCGGGGGAUGGGGCUGCUUGGGCUCAUCUCCAAGAGCCCCUCCCCGCCGCGCCGCAUUCUGCCGCCGACAUCCGACGAGUCUGGCGGCAGCGUACGAGGGGGUGGGGGCGGCGGCGGAGGAGAGGAGAACCCGCCGAUCCGGUGGCGGAAGGGGGAGCUUAUCGGGUGCGGCGCGUUCGGGCAGGUCUACCUCGGGAUGAACCUGGACUCCGGCGAGCUCCUCGCCGUCAAGCAGGUUUUGAUCGGGAGUAGCAACGCGACACGGGAGAAAGCCCAGGCACAUAUUCAAGAGCUCGAAGAAGAAGUGAAGCUGCUCAAGAACCUGUCGCACCCCAACAUUGUUAGGUAUCUUGGGACUGUUCGGGAGGAAGAUACGCUAAAUAUUUUGCUGGAAUUUGUCCCUGGAGGGUCCAUUCAGUCACUUUUGGGGAAGCUCGGUUCAUUCCCAGAGCCUGUCAUUAGGAAAUACACUAAACAAAUUUUGCAAGGAUUGGAGUAUCUGCAUAGCAAUGCAAUAAUACAUCGAGACAUAAAGGGUGCAAACAUUCUUGUUGAUAACAAAGGGUGCAUCAAACUUGCAGAUUUUGGGGCUUCUAAGCAAGUGGCAAAGUUGGCUACAGUGACAGCCGCUAAAACAAUGAAAGGAACACCAUAUUGGAUGGCACCCGAAGUCAUUGUUGGGAGUGGACAUAGCUUCUCUGCGGAUAUAUGGAGUGUAGGGUGCACAGUCAUUGAAAUGGCAACUGGUAAACCACCAUGGAGUCAGCAUUAUCAAGAGGUUGCUCUUCUAUUUCAUGUUGGAACCACAAAGGCACACCCACCUAUACCUGAACAUCUCUCGCCAGAGGCCAAAGAUUUUCUGCUGAAAUGCCUGCAGAAGGAGCCACAGCUGAGGUCUACUGCAUCAGAUUUAUUAAAGCAUCCAUUUGUUACAGGAGAAUCGGACAACCUGCAGCCACUCAAUCGCUCUGCACACAAGGAAACUUCCGUUAAUGAUAUUCCUGCACAUGAUAUGCCAAAUGGCUUGGGUUUGAAUCAUUCUUCCAACUGGUCGACUAUUAACUCCAAUAGACCAUCAAAAAUCAAGCCCUUAUGGGAGGGUGGCUGUGAUGAUGAUGACAUGUGUGAGUUUGCUGACAAGGAUGACUAUCCAGCAGUUGGAUCUAGCUAUAAUCCUAUGUCUGAACCAUUUGAUAACUGGGAAAACAAGUUUGACAUAGGCCCGGAGCAAAAUUCUCAUCAAUCAACGGAAUUUGGUGGAUUAGCCAAACAUGCUGAAAGCAGCAUAACUGAGAAUGAUUUUACUUUCCCUUGCGAGGGAAGUUGUGAAGAUGACGAUGUACUUACAGAGUCAAAAAUAAAGGCAUUUCUUGAGGAGAAGGCCCUUGACCUGAAAAAGCUACAAACACCUUUAUAUGAGGAGUUCUACAACACAGUGAAUGCAGGGAGUUCUCAGGGAGCUGAUCAAACUUCCAAGGGAAAAUUUACAAAUAGUCCAAAAUUGCCCCCUCGAGGAAAGUCACCUCCAAGUAAGAUAAGAGGAGGCGCAUCACCAACAUGUGAUAAUAUGAAUAAUACAAGUCCCGAAAGCUGCAGCGAGCAAUUCUCAAAAAGAAGUGUGGAGAGCAGCCGGAUUUUGAGAGAAAUAGCCUCUCCUCAACUCAAUGAGUUUGGGGAUAAAAGCCAUCCUGAUAUCCCAGAUAGCCCAAGCAUCAGCUUCGCCGAGAGGCAGAGGAAGUGGAAAGAAGAGUUGGACCAGGAGCUUGAAAGGGAAAGAGUGAUGAGAUUAGCUGGCUGUGGUAAAACACCAUCUCCAAAUAGAGGCCCCAAUGUGAAACGAGAGCGCCAUGCUGCCCAAUGAACAGACAACGGCACUCUGAUUUCUUGAUAUCAUCCCACAGAAGACAGAACAACUGGCGGUAACUAUACAAUGCCAGAGAUUGGUGGCAACAGUGGUAUAGACUGCACUGCCAUAACGGUUCGCAGUAUGUUUUGACUCACUAUGGCUGCAGAACCAUCUACUUUGAAGUGGACUGGUAAAGAGGCAGCCAUCACGACCCAUGAUCAGGAUCACUGCCGCGCACGGCCUAGAGAACUUAGCGUUGUGCUGAGGGUUUCCUGAUUCUAAGGCCACAAUUUUCAUUCUUUUUGGUGCUAUGCGCACUGGUUUGAAGUGGUCGCAUGGUUCAUACUGAGAACAAAGUGUUGUAUAAAUUUUGUGUUUGUAAGCAAGAAGGGCGUGGGGCUUGGUGUUUUAUAUUGGAGCUUGCUUUUGAGAGCGUGUAAUAAGCCAAGUAAUGCUGAUUAUUGAAGAUUACGUUUGUUGAA